UAUACAUACAACCACAUGCCACUUCAGCAUCAUGCAAGACUGAUAAACGCAUACUCAAUAAGGCACUCUCGUCAUUUAUUGUGCUGUCUGAAGAAUAACCCUAGAGGCAUUCCGAGUAGAUUGAUAACGACAGGAUCAUUCAGGAACGGGUGUGAGGGUCAGGGACGGCAGUCACAUGACGUAGGUAUAAAACACCACCCCCACAGAACCAGAAUUCUCCAAACCGGCACCUGUCGCCCAAAUCAGACUGAGGCAGACAUGUUGAGAGCGAUUCUGUUAUCCGUUCUAGUGUGUUUUGUGUCCGUCCAGGCACAGAACCCACGACCAUGUAUAGCCCCGACACAGUUCCAUGCCAGGGCGGCACUUUUCGACCACGAGGCGGAUUUCGUCAACCGUUACUUGUACAUUUACGAUGCUAUUAACAGGCGUCGAGUGCUGUUUGAGGAGAUGGACGUAGGAAUGCCGGGACAGAAAUUUUACGAGUUCAUGGAGUUCGCCAACGAAAACGUCAUGUACAAAAUUGACAUAAGGAGCAAAGAGUGUACGAAAAGCGUCCCGCGGCAGUGGCGCCCGGUCGGAAUCCCCGCCAACGCUACGUUUGAAGGGGAGGCGACUCUUGGUGGACCAGGCGAGAGCUUUGUCGUGCAAGAAUGGUCAGACAAAAUCCCCUACCGUAAAAAUGCGAUGUUCUACAUACAGUUUUCAUUGGUCAACUGUUACCCAAUAAAGAUGGUUGAAAUAUCAGACAACAACGUCACCAACUCUGUCACCACUAGCUGGUACGAUCUAGUCGAGGGUAUUCCGAACCCAAACGAUUUCAUUGUUCCGAAGGAGUGUCAAAUGGCCAAGUGGGAAAAGAACAUGCAAUUCACACACAAGUAAACAAUACAGGAAGUGACGUCAUAAUGAAAUGUAAGAAUGCUAUGCAUGGAGAAUGAACGAAACAAAAAAAAAAAAAAUAGUAACGAAAGGAAACCUUAUAUUUCAAUAAACAUGGUCAUCUUAGCACAAAUUUUAAACUAAAAUAUUUACUUGUUCCGCAUGGUGCCAAUUUUAGUUCUAACAGAAAGUCGAUUUAGCUUUUUAAGUGCAUUUGUCAUGCCUAGCUUUUAGAGUGAAAUCGAUUUCAACUAACAUCAAAAUGUCAUUGUACUCGUUGACAUUGAAAUAUGAUUUUAUGAAGUGAAAGUGAAUCUAUUUUUUGUCCGUUUGAUUACGGAUAAUGACAUCAUAUGUCAUUUUAAGUUAGUUAGUUAGUUAGUUUGUUUGUUUGUUUUUGUAAGGGUUUUGUGCGAAUUAAUGUGAAAUAAUAUCCGGACGUCUCUUAGACGAAAGUUUAGACCAAUUUCCUUAAGUUGGUGCUUUGAACUGUUUGGUUUGUAUAAAUGUGUUUGAUAUAUCGCGUCUUUCAAUAGAAUUAUAUGUUUAAAUACGUUCGCAGUUGUGCGAAGUAUACUGGCAAGGCAAUAGUGCAAUACGUAGUCAAAAGUAAGAUAUAACCAUUUAGUUUGGAUAUCAUAGUUACCUCCCCUUAACGUCAUAGUUACCUCCCCUUCACCGUCAUAGUUACCUCCCCUCACCGACAAUAAUAAACUUCCUUCAAAAUGAUUUAUCUUGAAUCAAUCCGCGCUGUAUAGUGUAAACCCUCCGAAUCGAAGAACCGCUCUGAUAUUUCUGACAUUCUUAAGAGUAACGAAAAUGUAUGAAUGGUUUUCCGACUGGGAUACCUCUAAAUUAAAGCUUAUUUGUUAUAGCCAUACUAUCCUUACCUGCCUUGUACAUGAUCCUGCUGAUUUUGUAUAUGGUUACCCUAGAACACUCCCGUUGUAAUAACUUAUAUGAAUUAGCUCCCUUGUUUAUAAUCUUGCUUCCCCUGCCAAUGUACGAGUUAUCUCCCCCUGUAUAUAACGCCAUUUUAUAAUGGAACCUCCAAAGCUGUAUUGUGAUAGUGCUUCAUUCACGAACAAAACAUUUUUCACCUUUUCUUUUCGACAAGAAUUUGUAUGCGCAUGCGCUGGAUAUAUUAUUCAAAAUAUAUGCCAAAACGUUGACGAGCAUCUCCUCUUUGAUUAAUUUGAUACUUGACUGGAUUAUUUGCUUGUAAUAAUGAAAAGAUAAAAUAUGUUUGUUUGAGUUCGUGUAUGAUAUGCAUGUAGUAAAUCUAUUUGUUUAUAGCUGUUUCGUCGUGUUAGCUUUUCACCGCAUAGUGUAGCCUUUAGAAUCAACCAUUGCACUCAUAUAUAUCAUAUAUGUAUUGUUUAUCGCAUAAAGAUUUAAGAAAUAUAUUUUAUGAGAUUUUGGAGUUGUGUGAGUACGUGAGGAUGUGCUACAGUGUCGUAUGACUGUUAUGAUUGUAAAUAUGUGUCCUUAGCAUGUGAAACUUCUUUCUUGAUUCCGGAACAAAAAUCGCAAAAUUGUAGAUUAUUUCGGAUAAGUACCUCUUAAUACUCAAAUGUACGAAAAAUGACUUUGUGUUGUUCAAUAAAUGUUUAGAAGACUUA